AUGGCAUUCACCAGCACUUCAGGAACAAUCGGGCAAAUGGCUAAACCAGAGUACACAAACUGGUUGGCACUCGGUCAUGCCUUGACAACGGUCCUAUGCCAGGGACUUCGUCCCUUUGUUACGCAAGAGAUGGAGAUUUUUUACAGAAAUGUAAGAGCGAGAAUUGUUGGACCGUGCACGUGUUUUUAUGUCCCUAGCAGAAGGCCAAAUCAAUUCCAUGAUAUGCGCUCAUGUUUAUGGGCACAAGUCUUGACCACAUGUCAUCACAGCAAACCAAACUGGAAACAAAGUGAUUCAGCCAAAUGGAUGGACCCAGUUGUUGGUCCGUGGGAAAUAGCUAAACUAUUCCUUCCUGAACUUGGAGGGCAUGCUGAUAUCAAAAGCGCAAACGACAUGGACAUCAAUAGUAUCUUGAACUUAAUGUACUGGUGCAACCAUUUCACUAUUCCUCAGUCCUUGAUCAAGGAUGUUCGAGACGUUCGAAACGACAAGUGUGUUCACGUGCCCAAGCUGGAGUUAUCUGAUGCUGAUAAGUCUGCCGCUUUUGACGCGAUCGAAAACUUGCUGAAGGACCCUCAACUGGCUGCAGACGAAGACGCAAAGAAAGCUCUCGGCGAAGUAAUUAGUCUCAAGAGCAUUAAAGACUUACACAAUAGGGAGCCUCAGAUUUUGGCCGACCUAAAAGAAGUUAUGAAUGAAAGGGUGUUGAACUUGACAGAAGAGUCUGAAAGAAACAAAAAGAUGGUAACAGAGCUACAAGAAAGGCAGGAAAGUUUGGAAAUGGCUUUUGAGGACCUCGAGCGAUUUAACAGGCCCUUUCCACUAAGAGUACUAGGGUGGGUCUUUCAACUUCUGGUGUAUGUACUUAGGAUCCUCUAUACAUUCCUCAAAGGGAAAAAGACAGAAAUGUUAUUUUUGAUCCUAUUUUCAUGCUUCUGUGGUGUAUUGGAUUAUCAUACAACAAUUAAGGAAGGAUGUUUGAUAAGAAGAUAUGGUGAUCAGUGGAGCCUGAAGCACUUCGACUUCGAUGAGUUUGCUGCUACAUCCAGAAAAAAUUUUAUUGGACGGCAGUGGUUGUAUCGUGAAUUAGAAGACCUUUUGGAGCAUUCAGGCAAGCGAGGUGUAAUGCUUGUGGGAAACCCUGGUUCUGGUAAGACAGCUUUUGCCUCUAAUUUACUUUGCUCCAGGGCAGCAAGUUCACUCGUUCAUGAUAGAAUAGCCGGGUAUCAUUUUUGUAUGCAUUCAGAUAAAGGGACCCAGAAUGCAGCUAAAUUUGUGCAAAAUCUGGCUAAUAUGGUUGCGUCGACUUUUGAGGAUUACAAUGCAAUCAUUUCGAGGGACUCCUUUGUGCGUAGAGCUUUAAAAGAGGAAUGUUCUCAAGCUCCAGAGUGGUGUUUUCAAGAGGGAAUCCUUACACCUUUAAAAAGCCUGCCGAAGAAGCCCAGAGAGAUAUGGUAUAUUGUUAUUGAUGCUUUAGAUGAGUGUUCUACCGAUGGUAAAGAUGAAAUUUUGACCAUGCUGAAGUCUAAAGUCUGGCGCUUCCCAAAGUGGUUAAAAUUGAUUAUUACGUCACGAAAUGUAAGUUCUAUCACGAAAACUCUUGCUGGUAUACAAGUUUUAGAGUUGCGAUCAGACGACUGGAGAAACUUGGAAGAUAUCGACACCUAUUCGUCAUUUAAAGUGUACCCUUUGCAAGCUUCGAUUUUACAUGGAAUAAAAAAUUUUUUCGCAAUCAAGGAAAACAGCACACCCGAUGAAAAAAUUGUUGGCAGUCUUGUGAAGAAAUCUCAAGGUAAUUUUUUAUAUUUAGCGGUUGUGCUAGAUUUUCUUCUUGAGGCACCAGAAAGUUUCAGCUGGAGUAGGCAAGAAUUUCCUAAAACGCUUGACAGCAUUUUUCAACUAAGUUUUGAACGCAAGUUCAGUUCACCUGAAUCUUUUAGAUCUUUACGCGAGAUCUUUGAGGUCCUGGUUGCGGCAUAUUCACCUCUAUCUGCGGAAGACAUAUACUCUCUUUUAUCACUUGACAAUCCUACCCUUGAUUUUGAGUACGAUAUAAUGUCAAAACUAGAGGAAGUAUCGUUAUACCUGUGGAAAUCAGAAAAGGGACUUCUCAGGAUUUUUCACGCGUCCUUCUCUGAUUGGUUGACUAGUAAAUCCAACAUGGGAAAGUUUUAUUAUAUAAAGAAAAAGAAAGGCCACAGGCGUCUUGCAGAAUAUUACCUCCAAAAUUUAAAGAGAACCAGGAGAACCUCAAAACCAGAGGAAGCUUUCUUUCUGGCAUGUCACAUCGUGGAAGGAGGUUCAAAUCGGAGUCUGAUAGAUGACUUCCAAUCAAUCCCUUCACAUCUCGUCAAUGGAUCAGACGAAGUCAAAACCACUUCGCUACACCUAAGUUCACGUUUGCCUAAAUCAGACGUAACAGAGCUGUUAUUGCCACAUUUCCAUGAUAUCGACUGUUUGGAUGAUAAUUAUCGUACACCUGCCUUUGUGGCCGCAGCACACGGAAGGCUUGAAAACCUAAACAUUUUCCUUGAUAGAGGAGCAAACAUAAAUCAUGUUGUCUCCUGUCCAAACUUUGAGGCGUCAAGGUAUGCCAAAACUGCCGUGCACAUGUGUCAAAGAAGGACCUGCGAGUAUUCAUUGUUGCAUAUAGCUGCGCAGGAGGGAAAUUUUGGUGUCGUGGAAUUUCUGCUCGAGCAUCAUGUGAGUCCAAUGGCAACAACUGGUUGCAAUAACACAGCCGUCCAGUUAGCAGCUUCAAAUGGAUAUAUUGAGGCAGUUAUAGCCCUUGAUAAGGCUGGUGCGGUUUUAGAUGGCAUCUGUUUGCAUCAUGCUGCUGCUGAAGGGCACAGCCAUAUAGUAGAAUACUUACUAAAUGAAGGAGUAAGGGACGAAUGCAUAGGUGUGCGUUCUAUCGUCGAAUUCUACUCAGCAGGAAACAAAGAGCAGGAUAUCAAAGUACAUGCGUAUGACAAUAACCAUUUGAAAAUGCGCGAGACAGCACUUCAUGCUGCAGCUCGGAAAGACCAUCCAACAGUAAUUGAAUCUCUUUUACGCCAUGGAGAGAAGAGUGCUAUCAACUGUUUGAAUUUUGCGGGCAGACGUCCCCUGCACGAGGCUGUUUAUCAUAACAAGUAUAACGCACUGAAAGCAAUGUUAGCAGCUGGAGCAAACGCUUCUUUACGUUGCGAUUCAAGCAAAGAAUCAUUAGGCCCAUUACAGAAUCCUUGCACCUGUGAGUAUACCCCGCUGCAUAUUGCUGCAAAACAUGGCUCUCAUAGCGUUGCUGAGCUGCUUAUUGCCCAUCACGCAGACUUAAAUGCGGGAGAUUGCAAUGGAUCAUCUCCUCUUCACAUUGCCUCCUGUCAUGGAAUGAUAUCACUUAUAAAACUACUCGUCAACCGUGGAGCAAGAAUCAAUGGCCGUAGCCUUAAUGGUUCCACUCCCCUUCACAGUGCAGCUACAUGUCUUACAUCAAAAAGUUUCCGUCCUUUGUUUGACCUUGGUAGUGACUUCCUCGCAAAGGACGACAAUAACAUGACAGCACUUUUUUAUAUCAUCAAAGAUGUGAGGGCUAUUGGUAUGGAAUACUUCCUUGACUUAUAUGUUAACAACCCGAAAGAUUGGAUCGAACUUCUGCCAGGUGAGAAGGAACCACAUGUGGAAAGCGAUCUUCAGUCAUCCUGGUUGUCUCAAAUGAUCGAACUUAGCAAAAGCUAUGCUGAACAUGUAGCUGCAACUUGGCAAUUAGUUGAUGACGUAAUUUUUACAAAAACGUACGAUGAAGUUCUUUUUUCAGUAGGACAGAAAGUGAACUCCUCGCUAAUUUUGACUGGAAUCAAUGCAAUGGAGCGUUCCAGGCUAGUUACCAUAGCAACUCCUCGUGCUUUCUUGUAUGACACGAUCUUCCAUGACAUCUGGAAAGAGUUCGUCCCAACUUUUAAAAAAACAAAUGGAGCAACUUUAGUUCCCGAACCAAUACUCAAAGCCCUAUCUCGUACAGCUGCUAUACUUCUACCAGGAACAUUUAACUGUUCUGUGUUAACGCUGGUAGUAAAAGCGAAUUUAAUACGCCUCGUAAAUAUUCUUUUGCGAGCAGGCUUUGACGUCGAUUGUCAAGAUGACCUAGGAGAUACACCGCUUUCAGCAUAUCUACACACUGGUGGUCGUCACAUGUCUAAAGUUAUGAUAAAGAACAGGGCGACAAUCACCAUUUCCUGCGAUGAGCCCUUUGGAGAAUCUAUACUGCACAUGAUGUCUUACCACAAGUUACAUUACUUGCACUAUCUUCCUAAGUUCAUUUUUGGAGGGGAAACGUUGUCUGAAUACUUACUAUCAGAUAAUUUUUUAUUUGAUUACUUUUUGAAUGAAUACGAAUUGAUUCAAAAUGACGGAAACUCGGAAACAAUCUCGACUGGCGAUGGACCAUUGAUCCUUGCGGUCACGUCGCACCCUCGUGGACCCAAAAUUUUAAAUGAAUGCUUUGAUUCAGAGGGUUAUAACGCCUUACACAGAGCAGCACAGGGUGCAAACUUGAUUGCCAUACAGAGAUUCCUGUCCUUGGGAGCUGACCCGUCUAUAGAAAAUUCAUACGGAUUCUCACCGCUUUGGCUUGCAGUUUUAAAUUCUGUAAAAUACACACCAUCCUUGAAUUUACACCAAAGAAAUGUUAUUACAGCCCUGGAGGUGGAAUUCGCCUCCAUAUCAGCCUCUGUUAUUUUGGAACAUCUUCUCCGAAGUGAUACAAUAGAUAUGGGCUGUAGCGAAAGUCGUAAUAACCUAACUUUGUAUCAUGUCGCAGCUAUUAGAGGAAUGUGGCAGUUGGUAGCUCAUUUACUUUCGGAUAAGCGAAUAACGGGCAUUGAUGUAAACUGCGCUAAUAAAGAUGGUAUAACCCCUAUGUAUCUGGCAAUGCUUGUUGGUGGCCGUUCUUGCGACUGGCAUAGUCCCUGGUGCAAAGUCAUUCAAACAAUCAAGGACUACGGCGGAACUCUUCAGAUCCCCGUAGUCGAAGCUGAAUACUUCCUUCUUUUCGAUCUGUUUUUUGGUAUGAGCCCUGGUCAGUUGUUGCUGGAGUUAACAGAUUCUGAAAUACUAACUCUUCAAGAAAAUUGUGGACAUGAGGAAUGUAAGGAGUAUAAAUCCAGAGAAGAUCUUCUUUCGAAGUCAUUUUGCGAGAUUAACAUGCUAUACAGUGAUUAUAAUGAACAAGUGGAUCACUGUUCUAUGUGUCCGAAGGAAUGUCCACCCGAGUUAAGGAGAGAUCUGCUCCACUUUCAAACCAUGAGUUCGAUUUUCAUUCGCCGGCUGAGACCUUUAAUAUCAGAGCAUGGUGUAAUAAGUAAACAUUUCUCUACGUUUCUGGAAACAGAAAGGAAGCGUGUAGAAUUACUGAUACUGAAAUUAACAAAACCAUCAGUAAGAGUAUCUCACGAAUGCACAGAAAACUGCAGGAAAGAAACUUUGGCUCUUGGUGAGAACAAAACAUACCAAGAAGCUGUUAAUUUGGAGACUGCUAUGCACAACCUAUAUAAUAAAUUCAAAGCCAGCCUAGAUGAACUAGAAGAACGUUUGUCGCAAGUUAAAUCUGAUAUAUUUUCAACAGAAAGACCCCCACAUGUAUUGCUGGAGAUAAGAAGUGCUUUGCAUAAAUAUGGCAUCACUCUAAGCUGUGACUGGCAAUCACUUGCAGCUAGAUACGUAAUACUGCGUUUCCAAGUUCAGAACUUAAAACUCGGCGUGAAACAAGUACUUACAAAUUCCAGAUUAUUGGGAAUCUCGGACUUUGCGUCAUUGCGCAUGAAGACUGUUUUCAUUGAAUCGCCUCAAGAGACGCUGAAACUUAUUCUAAGACUUACCUUAAAAGAGUCAUCCGAAUACUCCGACGAUUUUCGGUACCUUAUGAUUUUGAGAUUCCGAAAGCCUCCACUAUGGAAAGGUACCUUUGACACGUGGCGAACGUAG